AUGGAUUGCUGUGAAUGGACAAAUUUGAACGAUGGAUUUAAAAAAUUUACGGAGAUUUACAAGAAUUAUUCAUCAUCUGUUGCCUACCGAUGUUUUGCAUUCGACCCUGCAGAAAAUCAACCUGAUGAUACCAAAGGACUGAUAAUGAUUCCUAAUGUUGGAAAUAUAGGAUUUUAUAUGAGCACCAUGAUUUCUGAUUUUGCCAGCAAUAUUCUAACGGAGUUUGGUGCUCUGGCAUCCAGUAUUGAAAAGAAAUCUAUCAUAUAUUCACCUAAAAUUCCAGUAUCGAACGUAACUUCAACUAAUGGAUCUCUACCUCAAAAUGGUAGAUAUUCUUCUCCAACACAUUAUUACUCAUCUCCUGAUCUCAAAUCAGUCCAAAUUUCCACAAUACCACUCACGCCUCCUUCGCAAGCCAUGACUACUGCUGGCUUGGGUGGUACAACUGCUGGUGUAAAUCUAAAAGAUAAUCCUCUCCAUGAAGGUUUAUGUGUUGCUUUGGUGAUUUCUGCAUAUUUAAAAACUGAUAUUGAGGUAGGGUUUUACAUCCGUGUAACAUCCCCUUCUUUACCCGACACACCUAAACCUCUCUGGGCAGAUAUAACAGAUAAAUAUGUUACAAUCCUUACUCUUUAUGCAAAAACUUCACAUUCAUCCAAUAAUCAAGUGCCACAUAUAAUAUAUGCUGAAGCUUGUUUAAAGAUUGCUAAAAUGUUGGCCAGUAUAUGGGUUUCAGGUGGAUGGGGUGAUAAUGCUUUAACACUAAUUGUUCAGGGUGGCCUUCCAGAGAAAGGUGCAAAUGAAAAAUGGGGUCUAAGUUCUGUUAGUGGGGUGUCAAAGGUUGAAGUUACUCAAUGGGCGAUGAAAGGUUAUGGACAAUAUGUUGAAGAUAUGUCAAUAGUUGAACAGAUUCAUAUAACUACUACAUUGUCUACUAUUUUUUCUAUAAUUAAUUUGCGCCGAAAACAUGCUUUUUUCCUUCGUCAAACAGCCUUGUUAAUUUUACCACUUCUUGCAAAACCUCGUUCAGGUUAUCAGUCAGCACAGAAGCAGCAAACUGGAAGUGAUGCUGGCUUAUUAACGUGUUUAAAAAAGGUGUGUGAUGUGUAUGGUGUGGGGGAUGCUGUUGACAACGAAGAUUUUUCUGCCGCGGUUGAAGAUGUGAGACCCCUUGCCUUUGGCUGGCCGGACCUUCAAAUCGACAUAUUGAAGGAUGCAUUAAUAGUGUCCGAAGCUUUACCUGGUAUAAUUAUUGGCAUGCCUAAUGUUUAUAAUCCUAAUUUUUUGUACUUAAGGCUAGAUAUGGAAUUUAAAUAUUGGGGUUUAAACAUUGUUCGAGGUAUCCAAUAUAUGAAAUUAAUCUGUCAAAAUAGUUACAAUCUUAAUCCAUUGUUUAGUCCUACACCACGAAGGAUACCAUAUCCGCGUCCUGGAAAAAAUGCCUUGUCCCGAGAAGAUGGUGAAAAAGAUCCAUUCCUUUAUCGUCCUUCUUUUCAAACAAAAGCUGAUGCUGUUCAGGUAUUCAUUGCUAAUAUAAUUCGCACUCCAACUGAAGCUGGAGAUUUGGCUGUCAGGGGAUGUAAAAUAAAAGUUCAUGGAUGUCUUGAACAGGAAUUUUGUGUUUAUUUGCCGCCUGAUGCAGAUGAAAUUAAAAAGAAAGAGAAGGAAGAUGAAUACAAUAAAAGGAUAAAAAAAUGUGGAUUAGCUAUGUUGGAUCGUAUAAGCCAUGAGGCUCAAUCAAACUCUGAACAAAAACCCGAGUUUGUUGCAGAAUUUUUAAAGGUUCCUGUAAUUGUCGAACAGCCAUUAAUUAAAAUUAAGUCUACUUCAUUGAUGCAUGGAGCUGUUAUGCUUUUUGAAGGAGAAAACUUAUCGUUUCAAGAUUCAACAAUCGAAAACACACAGGCCAUCCUAAAAUCAUCCGAUAUUCCAGCGGAAGAGGCUUAUGAAAUGGAGUUGUUUGCUCACAAACAGCCUGUUUUCUCUUGGGAAAAGCCAGAUACACCAUUUAGUAUUUUACCAGCAGAGGAGUUUGUUAUCACUAUUAAGCUUUUCGGAAAACGUGGAUGCGGCAUGGUACAAAUAGAUUACGGAUAUAUUAAUAGGCCUAAUUAUAUUGAUUAUGAAACUUUCUAUACUAGACAAGUUUAUUAUCCAGUUCUUCUAACUAUUCAUCAAAAUCUUGAACCGGUUUCUAUGGACAUACUAAACUUCAAACCAUUAAAUGGUCCCGAUAAUUGUACCAAUGCUGUUAAUGGUACACAUGAUAUUCAACAUAAUAAAUUAGUUGAAGAUUUAAUUAAAUUAAUGCGAUGGAAUAGUGGUUCAGAAGAUUUCAUGGUUAGGAUGGAAAAUAACUAUUGUUUGUUAACAUUUGAUAUAAGAAAUUUAUGGCACUCUGCAUUUAACGUUACGAUUGAAUCUGAUGAAGAAUAUACACAACCAAUCCCUUCAUCAAAACAAUUUGUAGUAUCAAAGGGACCAAAAGGAACUGUUGAACAAGAAAAACUGCAACUUGCAUUGUUUUGGUAUAGAGAGAAUUUGUUGAAAAAAGUAAAAGCUACUUGGGAAUCU